AUGAGUCCACCUCAGAUCGUCUCGAUUCCCUCGAAUACCCUCGACCUCGAGGAUGUUAAGCAAAAAGAUCUGCCGGCAGACCAAGCAUCCAUUGGCAUGGAUGAGAAAAAACAGGCCACGCCUCCCUACAUGCAAGAUGCCUUUGGUGACGAGGAAUUUGCGGAGGUCAAAUACAAGGUCCUGAAGUGGUGGCAAUGUGGUCUGCUUAUGGUAGCUGAAACGGUCUCACUUGGUGUUCUGUCGCUGCCCGCUGCUGUGGCCGGGCUUGGCUUAGUUCCCGCCAUCAUCAUUCUUGUCGCUCUGGGUAUUCUGGCGACGUAUACGGGAUAUGUGAUCGGACAGUUCAAAUGGAAGUAUCCACAUAUUUCAAACAUGGCUGAUGCCGGCGAGGUGCUUGCCGGCAAGUUUGGUCGAGAACUGCUGGGAAUUGGCCAAAUGCUAUUCUUGGUUUUCAUCAUGGCCAGCCACCUGCUUACCUUCACCAUUGCCAUGAACACCAUCACAAACCAUGGAACAUGUUCCAUUGUCUUCGGCGUGGUUGGCAUGAUCGUUUCUUUUAUUCUGUCUCUACCUCGUACCUUGGCGAAGAUGUCAUGGCUGUCACUAGUUUCUUUCGUCAGCAUCCUUUCAGUCGUGUUCAUUGCCAUGAUUGGCAUAGGCAUCUUGCAUCCUGGAGAUCGAGUCGAUGCUAUUGUCCACACAGGUUUCGCUAGCGGGUUUACCGCUGUGACCAAUAUCGUCUUUGCUUUCUCCGGUCACGCUGCUUUCUUCGGUUUUGCCGCCGAACUCCAAGAUCCACGCGACUUCCCCAAAGCCUUGUGUCUGCUCCAGGGGGUCGAUAUUUCCCUGUACAUCAUUGCCGCCGUUGUGAUUUACCGCUUCGGUGGUGCCGACGUUGCCUCUCCUGCCCUGGGUUCAGCUAGCCCAGUUGUGUCCAAAAUAGCCUAUGGCAUCGCUUUACCCACCAUUAUCAUCGCCGGCGUCAUCAACGGCCACAUCGCCUUCAAGUACGUCUACAUCCGCAUUUUCCGCGGUACCGACCGGAUGCACAAGCGCGACUGGCUCGCUAUCAGCUCCUGGGUCGCCAUCGCUCUGGUCCUCUGGAUCCUCGCCUGGAUCAUCGCCGAGGCCAUCCCCGUCUUCAGCAACCUGCUCAGUCUCAUCACGGCCCUCUUCGCUUCCUGGUUCACCUUCGGCCUCAGUGGUAUAUUCUGGCUGUAUAUGAACAAGGGGGUCUGGUUUUCUUCGCCCAGGAAGAUCCUCCUGACGGUUGUUAAUAUUGGUAACAUAGCUGUUGGGGCUUGUUUGUGCGGUCUCGGCCUGUAUGUGUCGGGGAAAGCGAUCCAUGAUAAUCCCAGUAGUGCCAGCUUCUCCUGUGCGGAUAACUCCUAG